GGAUCGUGUGCGCGCUGACCAAUAGCAUCAAGCGCUGUUAUCGGCAGAGAGAAAAAAAGUCCUUACAGUCGCCAUGAUACAGCAGCGGAAACGGCUGAGAAGUAGCUAGAAAACAAAAGAGAACACGCAGUCGUCCUCGCGGUUUGGUAUGCUCUUGCAGUGUUGUAGGAAUGCCCAAGGAAAAAUAUGACCCGCCGGAUCCUAGGCGGAUGUACACAAUCAUGUCCAGCGAGGAGGCAGCCAACGGGAAGAAGUCGUACUGGGCUGAGCUGGAAAUCAGCGGCCGAGUAAAGAGUCUUAGUCCAGCUCUCUGGACUCUAACCCACCUCACUGCCCUGCACCUCAGUGACAACUCAUUGUCACGCAUCCCGCCAGACAUUGCCAAACUACAGAACCUGGUGUACCUGGAUCUCUCAUCCAAUAAGAUCAGGAGUUUGCCGGCAGAGCUCGGCAACAUGGUAUCUCUCAGGGAACUGCUUUUAAAUAACAACCAGUUGCGGGUUCUGCCGUUUGAAUUGGGGAAACUGUUUCAGUUACAAACACUGGGGUUGAAAGGAAACCCACUUGCACAAGAUAUUAUGAGCCUUUACCAGGAACCUGAUGGCACGCGGAGACUGCUUAACUACUUGUUAGACAAUCUGGCAGGGGCUAUUAAACGCAUACCAACAGAGCAGCCGCCACAACGGUCCUGGAUCUCGCUCCAGGAACCAGACCGAACAAGACCCUCAGCACCGUUCUCUGUGAUGUGCUACAACGUGCUGUGUGAUAAAUACGCUACACGGCAACUAUACGGCUACUGUCCUUCUUGGGCUCUAAACUGGGAGUACAGGAAGAAGUCCAUCAUGCAGGAGAUAAUGGGCUGGAAUGCAGACAUCAUUAGUUUGCAGGAAGUUGAGACGGAGCAGUACUACUAUUUCUUCUUGCCUGAGCUUAAGGAGCAGGGAUACGAUGGGUUCUUCAGCCCGAAGUCACGAGCUAGAACGAUGUCUGAAUCAGAUCGUAAACAUGUGGAUGGAUGUGCAGUCUUCUACAAAACAGAUAAGUUCAGUGCAGUCCAGAAGCACACGGUGGAGUUCAACCAGCUGGCCAUGGCCAACUCAGAGGGCUCCGAGGCCAUGUUGAACAGAGUGAUGACAAAGGACAACAUUGGUGUAGCUGUACUGCUGGAAGUUCGCAAAGAGAUGAUGGAGAUCUCCUCUGGAAAGUCACUCCAUGGUAUGGAAAAGCAGUUGCUCUUGGUAGCCAAUGCUCACAUGCACUGGGACCCAGAGUAUUCUGAUGUCAAACUGGUCCAGACCAUGAUGUUUCUGUCAGAGGUGAAGAACAUAGUGGACAAGGCCACUCGGAGCCUCAAGCUGUCCUCUGUCUCUGGUGAGACCAAUGCCAUUCCACUGGUGCUGUGUGCUGACCUCAACUCAUUGCCUGACUCUGGUGUAGUGGAGUACCUGAGUACUGGCGGAGUGGACUGCACCCACAAGGAUUUUAAAGAGCUUCGUUACAGUGACAGUCUGACCAAAUUCAACUGCAAUGGCAAGAACAGCACGUCCAAUGGCAGGAUUACCCACGGCUUCAAGCUGAAGAGCGCCUACGAGAAUGGCCUGAUGCCUUACACCAACUACACCCAGGACUUCAAAGGUGUCAUCGACUAUAUUUUCUACUCCAAGCCUCACCUGAACGUGCUGGGUAUCUUGGGAGCUCUGGACCAACACUGGCUUUUAGAGAACGAUGUCAAGGGCUGCCCACAUCCACACAUCCCCUCCGACCACUUCUCCCUCUUCGCUCAGCUGGAGCUGCUCCUGCCCAACGUGCCCCCACAGGUCAAUGGGCUCCAUCUGCCUGCACGCAGGUAGUGAGUUGCUGCCACACUAUCAGAGGGCGCUGCAACCACAGGCUCUCCCUUUCAACCCUCUUCCCUCCCACAACCAGCUCUUCCCUCCACCACACCAGAGGAGGAAGACAAAAACACAACCUGUAAAAUAUUUGUGAGGUCUGGCCGACAGGGAUUUCGUAUAAUGUUAUAGAUAUUCUAUAUUUUUCUUUCGUUUUUCUUUUUUGUUCUUUUUUUAACUGCUCAAUUCAGUCCUGUCCAUGUAUCUCAUUGUGUUUUGAGUCCCUUACCUCUACACCCUCAUCCACUCUGCUUUUGUCUUUUAGAUGAGAGGGGAUGGUAGCUCAUUCAGGUUUGUCACAUGAGGCAUUGUUUUGGUAUCGAUGAAUGGGGAGACUGAGGAAAUAACAUCUACCUGAAAAGCUCCAUAGCUGAUGGUCUGCUUGUCUGUCUGUCCUGUAUAAAUUUGAAACCAGCAACGACGGCAGACUUGUCAGUCUCAGAUCUUCAUCGUUGGGUUGUGCUUGUGUUUCCCCCUUCGCUCUGCGCAGCCAGUGCUUUUCGGUCAUUAGGAGACACUUUUGAGUCAGAUGUGGUUCAGUCAGCUUUUAGCUGGUUGCUCCUUGAUAAUGGAUGUAGCUCUGUUUGAGGUGAAAUCUCCUGCUGUCAUUCAGUGGUGCUGAGGCCGGCUUUGUGGUCACGGCCUCCCGUGGUGCUACAGGAUAGUCUACACCCCUGGCCCUGAUGCAUUAGCUACCAAAGCCGCAGAUGCCUCAAGACCCAGACGUCUGAGAACUGCAUUCGCCUGAUUCCACAUGGGCAGUAUGUAGUGUUCAUUUGUCAAAUUAAAGGUCGUGAGAAACUGAGCAGCUACCAUCCUGUUUGCAGACCAGUUCACCCCAGCUUGUGUCGUCGUUAGGGUAGUCUUGUGCUUAGGAGCUUGUGUGGCUUAUGUAUCACCUUUUUUGUGUCGAGCAGUUUUCGAUUGUUGGGCAAAGCGAUUAAGAAGGGGUUUUCACAAGUCCUCGUCUUGAUCGCUUUUUGGCAGAGAGCGUGUAAUGGCUCAUACACGGGAGCAAAACCAGCAUUCCUCUCAUUGUGUGGAGUUGCCAUCCAACUCCACACAUGCAAGCUCUCACUCACACACAUACAUGUACACACACAUAAACAAACACAUAUAUAUAUACACAGGUAAUUGAACGCAGAUCUUGUAGCACUGUCUGAGGCCAGUAGUGACUUUCCCCAGCCAUAAAUUCCAUACAAAGCAGAGGUUUUUUUCACAAGUGUUUGUACAGAAUAGAAAUCUAGACUCAGUCUUUACAUGAUUGUAUAUGAACCACAAAAGACCUGUUUUCUGGCGUUUUUUGUACUAAGAGUAAAUUAUGAUCAGAUUUGAAAAGAUUGUAUUGUAAACUAUGGCUAAAUUUUUAUCCAGUUAAUGUUAAGAAUUGAUAUUACCAGCUUGUACAAAAGACGUAAGAAGAGGUUGUUCAGGGCGUUCCCCGUCACUUUUUUGCACUCCCGAGAGAUUAACUGUAAUGUAUCAGUAUUUCCUUUCUCCUCUUCCCCGUGUCUCUGCCGUAGAUUUGAUUUGCUGGCAUAUUGCUGCGAUUGUAAAUAGACACCGAGUCGACUCUGCCUGUUGCUUCUCGCCCAUUAACAAAGCCAUUGAUCCACACUGCUGCCAUCAGUUCAUACAAAAGGACACACAAGAAUGAGUCGCAACCCACCAAUGACUCCAUCUGCUCUGUUUUUAAAUUUCACACACGCUGGUGAUGUGUGACAAAUUCAAGUAUAUCAAUCCCACAUGUCCAAGUAAACAUCGUGCCUCACUGUAGCAGUUGUCGUUGUCUUGCACUAUUUACAUUUGACGAACGCCUGAACAACCUCUUCUCAUUUUAUUUUUAAAUACUGUUGAGACAUUUGUGAAGAUUUUAUGUCCUUUUUUUGUUUUGUUAAUGUUGAGUUCCUUUUUUUUAUGAGCUGUGACAAUGUUCAGAUAAUGUGUAUAUCCUCCCUAUUCAUUGAGCUCUCUAGUAAUCAGAUCUGCUUUCUGCACCCCCCCCGUCUGACUAGGACGUCUCACCUUUACUAAACCCGCUGUCCUGUUGUUUAGCUCCCUUCGUGUAUCUUAGCACAGCUCCACGCCCACACCCACCAAAUUACUAGACCUUGGUUUGUUCUCGGCCAUGAAUUUUAAGACCCCCACCAAGCCUCAACCACUGAAUCCAGACUUUACCGACCCCUCUCUUACACAAGCUGUGUUUUUAAACCGUUUUGCUCGACCACUUUGUAUAGUUCUUACCUUCACUACUGCAGCUAUAGUGCCAUUGGUGGCCCCCUACCUGUUUUGGGAAGGGUGAAAGGCCCACUUUGCGCUGCUUUUGGACGAACAAGGGAUGAGGGGCACUGAGCUCAGCUGUUUCACUCUGAAGGCCUCACAAAGGCAAAAACAUUGCAAUGAAUAACUCUGGUUAGAUGCAACUUAGACUGACAAGAGGAAUCUGUCAACAGCCAUGCUUUUAUAAAAAUUAAACGGAUGAGUAGCACUUAGUAGAUACAGAUGCAGCUCCCCUCAUUCCCUGUCCCUUCAUAUUACUAUAUAAAGAUUUCAUUAUUUAAUGUAAAUGUUGAAAUGAACAUUUUAAAGCAAGAGGGAAGCAAGUAAACAGGAAGCAUAAAUUUAGCCCCAAGAUUUUUUGGUCCAUUUUGUUUGCGCCCUACAUUUGGUUUUUAUCUUUGUUUUUUUCCAAUGAAAUCCAAUGUGUCCAGUUUGAAUUUCUUUUUCCUGAAUGGCAUUAGUAUUGUAGUAGAUCUAAAGGCUAGCUUUUUGUAAAGUGUGAAUAAAAGAUGUAUCUCAUGUUUCCUUUCUAAAACGAUAUUGAAUUGUGUUGUUGUGUAAAUCAUGAAUUCUAUGACGGUGUUCUGUUUGCUACAUGGUUUUUACUGAAUAUAUAUAUAUAUUCCCCCCCCCCCCCCAUUUCCUCUCGUCACAAACCAAAUCCUCUGUAGAAAGAAUCAUGACGAUUGACGCGUUGGUGUAGAGAAGUUGAAUGUUCCUGAUGAGGCCUCGUGGAAGGAUCUAGUGCUUAUUGAAGAAGCUGCAUCUUUGUAACGAUCAGCACAGGGACCCCCCUCCCCCCUUUUUAAUAAAUUGAGCUUUAUUUGGGAUGUUGCUGGAGAGUGCUGGCGCCUGUAGGUGAGGCAGCAGAGCUGUCCCACUGAUGACUGCAGUUCAGUACUAGAGAACCUGUAUAGACUAAGCUAAUGAUGUGCUGCUGGUCGUUCUUCUCUGAUUACAAGUCUUUCAGUACUACGAUUCCAUUUCACUCUGUUUUUGUGCACAUCACCUGAUAUUGAUAGUCACUGAUUUUUAAAUCUUUGUUGUGGACUCCUCGGCCACUAACUAACACUCCCCAUCGCCUUCAGACGCAGACGAUGGCUUCUGACUGGAAAUCUGACAGUUACGUUGUCAGUUUAGAAAGUGAUCAUUGUUUUGUUCCAUUCCAUUGUUUCAUAGUUGGCUUAUUAGGUGUAGAGCGAUUCCCCAGGCUGCAUCUCUUUGUAAUGGUGCACACCAAAGCUGCUUGUAGGUCACUUAUCCACCAUCCAGUCUUCAUAAAAUGUAGGGCUGUAAGGGAGGCAAGGUACUUUGUCCUUUUCCUUGAAUCACAUGCACAUCCGUCUUCGAGUUUCCUUUCAGUCCAUCAAAUCAACUUUUUCCCCCAAAACUUGGCAAUAAUACUUAAACAUUCACAGACACAUUCAAAAAUGUAGCUUUUGUUCAUCCUUAAACUGUGGUCACUUUUCUUUUUCUCCGUCUUCACCCUUCCAGGCCAUUUUGUUAUCUAAAUAUCUUUGACCUUAUUCUUUUCAUGUGUUUUUAUUAUCCAUCUUGUAUAUUUGCUCAUCUCCUCCCUGCCGAUCUAGUGGUAGUUGUUCAAUGAUCAGGAUUGUCUAUCUGUAGUCAGCUGAGUACAUAUAUUGAUCUGUGUCACUGUGUUUAUGCACUGGACCAACUAUUGUUUACCAUUCAUGUAAUACCAGCAAAAAAAGAAUAACGACAAAACACUUGCACAAUGUUGUAGAAUGUCCAUUAACCCAGAUGAGAAAUCAAGGCAGCUGUUUUCAAAUCAACACAUACAGUUUAAAAUGAAUCUGAAUGGUAAACAAUGCUUUCUGUUGUACCCCUUAGCCGUCCUCUCGAUUCUCUCAAGUAGUUUUGUUCUUUUUAUUUUCUCCGUUUGACUACAGGUUCCGCUUGUUUCCUUUACACUUACCUAUGUAUUUUCCUACUCCUGGUUGAAAAUAAAUUCUAUAUUAUCUGUUUCAA